AUGGACUUAAUGCGUGCUCAAUCCAUCAACUGUGGUACUACUAUCGAAACUGAAACCAUUACUAAGCUCGAUACUUCUUCUCGACCUUUCAAGAUCUGGCGUGAAGGCUAUGAAGAUCAAGAAGAACCUACCGAUACUGCUGAUGCUGUCAUCAUUGCCACCGGUGCUUCUGCCAAGCGUAUGAACUUGCCUGGUGAAGAAAAGUACUGGCAAAACGGUAUCUCUGCCUGUGCUGUGUGUGAUGGUGCUGUUCCCAUCUUUAGAAACAAGCCUUUGGUAGUGAUUGGUGGUGGUGAUUCUGCUGCUGAAGAAGCUAUCUAUCUCACCAAGUAUGGUUCUAUUGUUCAUGUCCUUGUGCGUCGUGACGAAUUGAGAGCUUCCAAGGUCAUGGCCAAACGUCUCUUGAACCACCCCAAGGUCAAGGUCCACUUCAACACCUCUCCCACUGAAGCCAUCGGUGAUGGCAACUUAUUGACUGCUGUUGCCACCAAAAACAAUGUCACUGGUGAGACAGGUAAGAUUGAAGCUUCCGGUCUGUUUUAUGCUAUUGGUCACGUUCCUGCCACCAGUUUGGUCAAGGAUCGAGUGGAUCUCGAUAGCGAAGGUUAUAUUAAGACAGUUCCCGGCUCUUCAUUGACCAAUGUGGAAGCUCUUUUCGCCUGUGGUGAUGUGCAGGAUAAGAUUUAUCGUCAAGCCAUCACAUCUGCUGGCUCUGGUUGUAUGGCCGCUCUUGAUGCUGAAAGAUAUUUGGCCGAAUUUGAAGAAAAGCGCAGUUCUUUAUAA